UUCAGAAAUAAAUUCAGCGAUUUUCUGAGCGAAGAUUCCAGAGCAGGCCUGUAAUUUCCCGCUGGAUUUAGCGUCCGCGUCGCUCGACUACGAGGGGCGACGGAGAAAAAGAACGGCUCGUUUUAACAUGCCGACUUCUUUUUUUUGUUUGUUUUUCAGAUCUCACUCUCGACUGAACCGAUCCAGAGAGAAGAUAACAAGAGGAGGGAGAGGAACGAAGCGAGCGAUCACUGACCACAGCGCUCCGGACUCCACGAGCCUCGGUAGCCGUGGCCGAUCACCAGCGGAGCGAUGAGCACUCAGGACGCGCCCGCCGUGAGCCUGAAGAAGGCCGACCCCCCCGCCGAGAAGCUCAAGGUCCAGGUCGUACCUGCCGCGUCGCCCAAGUCCGCCGCGUGCCACGUGAAGCUGGAACCUCAGCGCACGCCCACCAGCACCUCCAGCAACGGGAAAGAGAGCGAUGGCAGCCUGCCCGCCGAGAUCUGCGUGGUCAUCGGCAGCCCUCGCAAUUCCCAAACUCAAGGAUCCUACGUGUGUCGGGUUUGUGGGAAGAAGUACAAAUAUUACAACUGCUUCCAGACCCACGUCCGCGCUCACAGAGAGUCGGAGGGUGCAUUACCCCCAGAUCCGGCACCUCACGGCCCUAACAAUUCGUUCCGCUACACGUGUGAUAUAUGUGGGAAGAAGUACAAGUACUACAGCUGCUUCCAGGAGCACAGAGAGCUGCACGCCGUCGACGACCCCUAUGAUCAUGUGAUUCCUGUGGAAGAACCAAAGGAGGAGACUGAGACCUAUCAGAAAAUCGGACCAAAAACCGGGAGCUACACGUGCGAGUUCUGCGGGAAACAAUACAAGUAUUUCAACCCCUAUCAGGAACACGUGGCGCUUCACACUCCGCUGAAAAGCUCCUUCGGAUUGAAAAUGGACCAAAAAACGCCGGUGCAGUCGAGUCGCGGGGACGCCAACAGCUCUCAGGAAUCGAGCGAAACUCCGAGCCCCAUGGUGCCCACCUCGUUCCCGCCCUCUCAGAAGGCGUACACGUGCGGGUCCUGCGGGAUUCAGUUCCAGUUCUACAGCAACCUCAUGGAGCACAUGCAGUCGCACGCCGCGGAUAAUGAGAAUCACACUAAAGAGGACGCGGCCAAACCCAGCCCGGCGCCGCCGGCGCCUCAGGAGCAGACGUGGAAAUCGCCCCCUCCUGCCCAGAGGAACCACGUCCCUACGUUCCUUUCAGGCACGGUGGAGAAGCAUGUAGUGUCGGAGCUGCCCAGCUCCAGGAACCCAGGUUCGAUUCUCACCUCAGAGAACCGGUUGCUCCCGGAGAAGGAGCGUCAGCAGGUUGCCGAGCGUCUCCUGCGCAUGAUGUGUACGGAUCUGGGUCUUCUGGGCGCCCUCAGCAGCAAGGACUUCCUCAAGCUUGCCCAGACUCUGGUCGAUACGGGUUCCCGCCACGGUGCCUACUCCAUCCGCGAGGCCCUCGGAGACAUGAGCACCUUGGCACUCAAGCAGCUUCCUCGAAUGUACAAUCAGGUCAAGGUGAAGGUCACCUGUGCCUUGGGGUCAAACUCUUCCCUGGGCAUUGCCGUGACCUGCCACUCACAGACUAUAGGCCCGGAUUCCUGCUACAUACUAACGGCCUAUCAGGUCGAGGGUGUCCGACUACGACGCUACGUCCUGGGACUUAAGGAGGCGACUCUACGGGAGACUCCUGAACAUAUUCACCACUGGGUCCAGAAUGUUCUCUCAGAGUUCGUCAUGUCUGAAAUUCGUACCGUGUACAUCACCGAGCCGCGGCUUUCCGCUUUAUCUACCUGCGGCAGGUCAAGUCUCAGCCUGCGGUGUGCCGGAUGCUCCCUUUCGGCCACCGUUCAGGCGGUCCUCGGACGGCGUAGCCUGCAGGCCAGGGGUCUUCAUGAACUCGGUGAACUUCUGGCGACGUGUCGAGACAUCGCCUCGAUGACGAGCUUUAACCGUGAGAAAUCCUCAGAAGAAGCUUCUCCACCGCCGCCCUGCUGGGAUUUGUCGGCUGAGGCGUUGCUCAAGGUCCAUGAAAACUUUGAGGCCAUUUGCAAGAGCACCGCACCGCUUCUCCAAGGCCUCAACAAGCACCUGCUUGGGACGCUGGCUUCCCUGUUGGCGCCGCUUCGCCAGGCUCUGCUGGAGCUGGGAGGUGAUCGCUGGCCGACUAUCCAGCAAGUCCUGCCGGUCUACCUUCGCCUGGAGAAGCUUUUCACCUCCAAGGCUGGAGAGGCAGGAGCUGGCAGCAAACUUUGCCACUACUUUCUGGAGGCACUGAAGGAAAACUUCAAGGUGGAGCGAGUCCAUCAGGUUGCGAUGAUCCUUGACCCGCAGCUCAAGCUCCGACCAGUUCCGGGAUACCAACACGAGGAGAUCAUCUCCAGGGUGUGUGAAAUGGCAGCCAGCAUGAAGGACCCGAGCGGAGGCUCGUCCGGGACCUCCGGAGACGAGAGGGACUGCGACGGGCCGGCCGGUCCCAAGAAAGGCCGCAUGGAAAUCAACCUGGACAGGCCGUCUUGCUCCGCUGAAGAUCCGCAGGUCCGGAAGGAACUGUUUCAGUACCUGGGAGAACCACUCUUCCAAGCCACGGGCGAUCUGUUUCAGUACUGGAGCUCAGUCAUGGACAGAUACCCGAGGUUGUCCCGGUUGGCGCUUUGGCUCUUGGCCGUGCCCGCGAUGGGUGUCCGGAGCGAAUGCGUCAGCAUCUGCGAGCAGACCUUCGCUCUGAAACGGAAGCGAGAGGUCACUCCUGAAGAGAUGAACAAGCUUGUUUUUCUCAAGUGCAAUUUCGCCUGAACGGGGGGCCACACCAGUCGGACUGUCCAGACCUCGUGUAGACAAAAAAAAUUGUAGCAUUCACUUACAUUUUUGGUUUGGACUCUGAGUUGUUGACUUCUUGGGUUCUUGACUAAGACUGAGAGCUUUGUUGGGAAGACGUCGAGUUCUUUUUUGGGCAUCUGCUUGGAGCAAUACUUUAAGGACUAGAUAUUGCCGACACACCUCAAACCUAGUCAAGGGUAGCAAACACCCUCGAACUUUUAAAAACGUACUUUUAUUGCCAAUGCUUGAAUCAUCUAAACCAAAACAUGGACACACUGUAUGCUUUACUUUCCUCUACGAAGUGUUUCAUUCAGAUCAGGAUCGGCUAGACUGUUUUUAUUCCGGUGCCCUUGUCGUCUUGUCGUCCGGUCAUCCCGCUUGGAUUACAAGUGUCGGUCAAGUGUCUUUUUAUUUUAUUUAGCGUUUUUACUAGCUGCCAGAGAAAAACGAACCCCGAACAACCCUAAACUGUUAGUACCAGAGCGGAUUCUCACCUAGUUCAUAAAGAGACUGAAGGCCCACCAGUGCUGAGAUCUCAGGCUCUAGAGUUCCAAUAUCGGCUCUGCUACCAGCCGACACAGACUCACAAUUGGCUGCGUGUCUGUUGGGGAGAUCAUGGCCGGAGCAAGUUGGUAGCGGCCGCAUUUUGACCGGCUUUCUAUAAGAUUCAUGUAGAACAAACACUGGUGGUUGGAACUAAAGAUUAUAAAAGAUUUAUUGAGUGUGGAUGGUGCUGCAAAGCCGUGACGAAGUCGUUUCUGUUGCCUUUUUAUUACGUGAUGUCACGUGGCGUCGUUUCAGAUCAAGUCUUGCACAAAGGAACCGCAGUACAAAAACACAUUGUGCAAUUUUAGUUGUGAAAAUACGAUGUUAUUGAACACCUAUUAUCAUUUGAAAUGAAUCUUUCACGUCACUGUGGAGGAAUUUUAGCUGGCUUUUUGGAUACUUAGAUUACAGCGUAGUGUUCCUGUAGAUACUCAGUUUUAAUUUGUUUAAUUGUUGUAUGAAAUUCGCUUUCAUUUCAAAGGAAUCUGAAUGAAUGAUAACUUGUUGCUCAAAUGAAGCGGACGGAACAAAUGUUCGGUGUUUUUGUACUGCAGUUCAUUUUGUGUAAUAGCCUGUAUUGAUCCGAGAUCAUUCAAUACCAGUCGGGAGGUGAGGAAUUUAUUUUUCACACUUCCUGACAAAUCCUGACAAAAUGAGACGUCCCUCACCUAAAAAUGCACACCCUGAAUGAUAAAUACGCUGGUUUCACUCCACCCAGGGAUAUAAAAACGGUUUUAAAGGCGAGGCGAGGCAGCUACGUUGUUUUCUGGCAGCGUCCAGCGGUUUUUUAAUGUUGUGUUUUGUUCUGGCCUUCAUGCACUGGAUUUAAUGACUGUUUUAACUAAAUCGGGUGAAGCUCUAGUACUAAUCCUCCAGCGGUUUGUACCCAUCAGACCUGGUUUGAUGGUCCGUACCUGUACCUCGGUCUUCACUCUGGUCUCUGAGACUCGGCUGCUUUUAUUUCCGACUGUAUUACACGGACAGACCGUAUUACUCGGCAUCCCGCGUCCGUUUUAUAGCCUCUAGAGGGCACCGUCGAGCACCUGCUUCGGUGGGAGUCACCAACGUCGUACCUCCUUUUCUAUACUCAACCUUCGGACACUUUGAUAGAACCCGUCGCAGAUCCGAAGUUUAUUUUUGGCCCGGGGAACGUAGCGGAUCACAAGCGACUCUUGUACAGCCCGACGGCGUUCACGUUCAUCCUCACGUUUGCAAUAUUUAAACGACAUGUACUCUUGUUUAGGAACCGUUUUUAGGCUUUUAGAUUUGAGGUUUUUUUUCUUCAUGAAUGUUGUGUGACAUGUUUGAACAGUAGGUCUAAUUUAUACUUUUUUAGCACACUAUUUUUAUAUCUAUAUAGAUAGUUAAUAGAAGUUUAAGUCAUCACGGAGUUUCAGUAGUUCAGAGCGCUGAGCAGCAUCCUCACAAUCUAUCGUACUGUGUGAAUAAAAUGUACUGAAACUGA